CUCAUCCGACGUCCCAGAUCGGCAGAUCUCUUCUUGCACUUAAUCCCUUUUCCGUUACGAAACCCAUUAUCGGCGAUAUCUUCUUGCUUUCUACCAACGACAUGAUUUGCGCCAUUCAAUUCCUUUGAUUAAUUCCCGGAUAAUCAAUUUUAUGCGUUACGUUAGAAGAGUUAUCCUUCGAAAUAUUUCCCUACAUAAACCUCAACAGAGGGUAUCAUCUUCCCAGGUUUCUCUAUAUCUUUCUUCUGCAUACUCUCUCAAGACUAUUAGGUGCAAAAUUCGAAACAUCAGACAGCAGACAGCAGGGGAAAUGACUUAUAAUUGCCAUGAAAUGGAGCAGCUUAUUUGCAAAGAAGAUCUGAACCCUAUAAAUCUGAGCUCAUCUUCUCUAUAUUUAUGGAGAGCUUUUGGUGUGCCAGGAAUAUCUGGUGGUACCGACAUUCAUUGUUCUGGCUGCUUUUGUCCGAAUGAUGCAGUACUUCUCCAUGACAUUUCAAAACUGCUGAAACUCUCUCAAGAAAAUCCCAGUCCUCAAGCAUAAGGCGAUCAACCAGAUUUGUGAAAUUAAUGGAGGUAAAUCAUGCCAGAUUUGGGUAAGCCUCACCUAUAACUGGCACUAAGCUUAUUUGAAGGGUACUUGGUACAUUUCCAGUUAUUUUACCAGGUGAUAAUUGUUAUGAUAUAUGUUGGUGCCCCAUGUUCUUAUAUCACUAAAUCUACCUAUAUAGGUUAAACCCAACAUUAACUAAUCGAUGUUAAAUAAGCAUGAAUGAGUUUGAAUUCAAUUGUAUAAUUUAGUAAUGGUCAUUUGAGAACAUUAUAAUUUGAAAACCAUGCUUGCCUUCAAACAAUAAUAAUACCGAAUUAGCUUCAAUUAUACAAAGAUGAACCGGUAUAAAAAAGGAUUAAGAAAAAUUGUAGAAGUAUACACAUCUAGGAAGGCGUUAAGAAAGUGUAACCAGGUUAGGGAACGCAACUUGGGAAGGAGCUGUAACCAGUUAUGGUAAGUUAAUGUUAAUGAAGAUGGUUGUAAAUCCUUAGCUGUGCAUUUUGGUUAUAAAGUGACACAUCCAGGCAGCAAUAUGAUCACUUCCAAAGUCACGAUUAAUGUAUUAGUAUAACUCACCCAAGGCCUAUAUGUGUUCAAUUCAUUGUGUGCCCACGAUGAUAAAAUUGUGUUUUCUUUUCAGUCCAUUUUGCUGUCUUUAUGAUUUAGUUUACUCAUUAUCAAUUGUGAUGUGUAUACAAUGGAUAAUUUGUUCGUAAUAAGGUAGUUUUAUGGUUCUGAAAUUGACGAAUUAAAAUGUAUGUCGCCAUUUUCAAUUAAAAUGUUCGCCAGUUUAAGCCAAAACGUUUUUGGUUUGUCAGGUUGUUUUUUUGGUUAAUGUAUUGUCCCCAUUUGUGGUGGUCAUAGAUACGAGGUUGUGAAAAAUAUGAUCUGAAGCAAUAAUUUCAUUCUUCUUAAUAUUGUGGACUUAUCAGUUUAUUAACAUUGCACUUAUAUUCUUCUUCCUUA